GCCCAGGGCCGGCGGGAGUCCCCCGGGGCAGCGGGCACCUCUGGCAGGGCUGUGGCCCCCCCUACCCCCCGCCGGGCCGGAGCGCGCGGGAGCGGGCUUGACACGGGGCUGGCGGCCAGAUGGGGCGGGGGUGGGGUGGGGGCGCCCCUGAGGUGACUGGGACGGAGUCCUGCCGCGAGCCUUUGUCCCCGGCCCCCUCUCUUCCCUCCUCCUCCCCGGCCCGGUCCGUCGUGCCAAGGCCAAGCGCGGGGCGCUGGGGAGCAGAUGCCGAGCCCAUUUGCAAUGCAGCCAUGGCUUGGCCCCGGAACGUCCCUGGGGGGCUGGGCUGCCCUCUGCCUGGGAGCCCUCACCGUCCCGCCCCCGGGGAGCCUUUCUAGGCCCGCACAAUUGAAUUUAUUAGUUGUAAAAACCUCUGGGCUGUGUGUGGGCAGGGAAGGGGCGGGGGAGCCCGAGGGAUGCCGUCCCCCUCCCAGCCCCGCUCCUCGGCCCUCUGGGGGCCCCGGGCCGCCCGAUGAGUUUGUGCGACUUUGCCGAGGAAGCCUUGUGCCAGCGGCUCUGCCCUCCGGGUGCCCGCUGCCAGCUGUUGAGACUUGCAGAUUAGUCACUCUCCCUUUACAAGCAAUUCCUGAAAAGAGAAUUCCCCCUCCUGCCGCCCGCCGCCGCCGCCGCCGCGCUCCUCUGGCGGCCCGAGCGGGCCAGCCAGCGGGCAGAUGCUGGAAGGUAACCGGCUGCUGAUGCUUCCGCCCAGAGACCGCAGCCUGCAGGCCGCCGCCGCUCGCUCGCAUGGUUUGUGAGCCCCGAGCUCUCGGUGGUCGGCUGGGACUCGGGGCCUCCAGCAGCCAUGGAGCUGCCCAACUACGCCAAGCAGCUGCUCGUGCAGCUCAACCAGCAGCGGGCCAAGGGCUUCCUGUGUGACGUCAUCAUCGUGGUGGAGAACGCGCUGUUCCGGGCGCACAAGAACGUGCUGGCGGCCAGCAGCGUGUACUUCAAGUCGCUGGUGCUGCACGACAACCUCAUCCACCUGGACACGGACAUGAUCAGCCCCACGGCCUUCCGCCAGGUGCUGGACUUCAUGUACACAGGCAGGGUGUUGCCGGCCGAGUCCCCGGCAGAGCCCAACUUCCACACGCUGCUCAACGCCGCUAACUACCUCCAGCUGCCCGAGCUGGCCGCCCUGUGCCGCCGCAAGCUCAAGCGUCCAGGGAAGUCCUUCGGCUCCGGCAGGGCGGGGCUUCCGGGGGUGGGCCGGCCGGGGCGGGGCCAGCGCCUGUCCACCGCCUCUGUGAUCCAGGCCCGGUACCCAGCCUCCGAGGGCCGGAAGGCGGCGCUGGCCCCCAAAGAGCUCCCUCAGAGCAAGGGCUCCGACGACGAGCUGUUCCUGGGGGGCCAGGAGAACUCUCACCCCCUGAGCCGCAUGGGCUGCAAGAAUGGCGGUGGUGGGGAUGGCGCCAGCUGCGGGGGCUCCAGUGGGCACAGCGGCGGCAGCGAGCAGGAGCUGGGCCUGGACCUGUCCAAGAAGAGCCCCCCACUGCCACCCUCCGCCCCGGGCCCCCUGCUCGGCCCUGACGACCUGGCCCAGCUCAGCGACAGCCAGCACGACUCCCCCGCCCCCGCUUCCACCAACAGUGCCUCGUACCCGGAGCCCAGCGGGCCCCUGGAAGACCCCAUGGAGGUGGAAGGGUCCGGGGGGCCAGAGGAGAACCACCUGGGGCUGCUGGAGGGGCCGGGGGCCCCACCUCGCAAGAGCCUGCGGCACCUGGCCCGGAAGAAAGAGUGGAGCAAGGCCGAGGCCGUCGCCUGCGCCUCCUUCGAGCGCAAGGAAGCCGCCGGGGGCAAGAGCUGUUGCCCGGGGGACGAGGACGAGCUGGACGACGGGCUCCCCAACGGCAUCCUGGGCUCCAGCGCCGGACCCUACGGGGAGCCGCCCUACCCCUGCAAGGAGGAGCUGGAGAACGGCAAAGAGCUCAGUGACGACAGUGGCCAGAGCGAUGGCGAGGGGCCGGGCGGCCCGGCGGGGGCAGGGCCGGGGGGCGCCGGGGCCAACUACGUGUACCGCCAGGAGGGCUUCGAGGCGGUACCCUAUGGCGACAACCUGUACGUGUGCAUCCCAUGCGGCAAAGGCUUCCCCAGCUCCGAGCAGCUCAACGCCCACGUGGAGACGCACACGGAGGAAGAGCUCUUCAUCAAGGAGGAAGGCGGCUACGGCGCAGGCCCCGCCCCCGAGGACGAGGCCGAGGACCUAUCAGCGCCCAGUCCCGCCUACGCCUCGGCAGCGGCGGCGGCCAAUGAGCAGAGGCCCUUCAAGUGCUCGGGCUGCGACAAGAGCUACAAGGACCCCGCCACGCUUCGGCAGCACGAGAAGACCCACUGGCUGACGCGGCCCUUCCCCUGCAGCAUCUGCGGCAAGAUGUUCACCCAGCGCGGCACCAUGACGCGCCACAUGCGCAGCCACCUGGGCCUCAAGCCCUUCGCCUGCGAUGAGUGCGGCAUGCGCUUCACCCGCCAGUACCGCCUCACCGAGCACAUGCGCGUGCACUCGGGCGAGAAGCCCUACGAGUGCCACCUGUGCGGCGGCAAGUUCACGCAGCAGCGCAACCUCAUCAGCCACCUGCGCAUGCACACCUCCCCCUCCUAGGAGCCAAAGAGGCCGGGGGCCGGGGCGCCCCCGCCAGCCACUGACUGCCCCAAGCCCUCCCGCACGCACGGGUCUACCUCCAGCCCUCGCCAGGGCCUGCCCCAACCAGCAGCCUCAUCUCGGCCGGCAGUCAGGGUUGCCCCCCAUACUUGAGUCCCCCUCCCGGCCUGCUCGUUGGCCUGUUUGCUUUGGGUUCGUUGUUUUCUUGAAGCGCCCCCUGCUUCCUUGGGCCCGGGGCCUGAAUGUAAACGGGGUGGCUGGCCUCCCCCCGCCGGCGUGGAGCCCCGACCCGGAGGCCUCGGCUUCGUGGGACUUGCUAAGGUACUUGGCCCCGGGCCCCGCGGGGCCCUGUAGGUACUUGUGAUUGGGGCGUGAGUGUGCGAGCGAGCGAGCGAGUGUGGUGCGUGUGGGCGUGCCUGGUGCGUGACAGAUGCCGAGUCUUUCCUCACUGAACAAGGAGUCUGAGCCAGACUCCUGAUUUUUGCUACCUCUCCGAUAGGGCGCUGGGCAGCUCAGGGGUGUCAGGGGUGCGUGUGGGUGUGCUGAGUGCUGUUGGGUCGGAGCAGCGGGAGGGGGUGGGGGAGGGCCGGCAGGGUCAGCUGAUCCAAACCAAAGUGUUUCCACGAGGUGGGGGGGUGGACAUUUGCAGAGCUUGACCCCAGGGCCUCCCUCCCCUCCCCGGCCCUCCCCUGGGGAAGGGGUGCCAGCUCUCUAGGCGGGCUUCUUCUCAUUCGUUUCUUCUUUCUUGGCUUUUUUCAGUUUUCUUUAAGUUUAGACCAAAAAGUCCUCGAGUCUCUGCCCCUCCUUCCUCUUGAGAACGACCCUUCCGCUGAAACUGAGCCUGAGCUUGCGGGGGGAGGCCUGGGGAGGGUCCCCUCUCCUUCCCCUCCGGCACACACACAGCAUCCCUGCCCUCCCCACCCCUCCACCUCCACCUCCACCGGUCCACUCCUUCAGCACUUAACUAACCACACGACACAAAGUCUGUACUGCCCGCCGGCCGCCCACCAGGGCCAGGGCCGGCCGGCGGGGCUCCUCCUCCUCCCCGCCCGCCGCCGCCGUCCUCUGUGCCCCGGCCAGCCCUGGGUGCCCGUUGGAUGCCGAGGAAUGGCGACAGCCGGCCGGGGCGGGAACUUCAGGGACGGGGCAGAAGCCCGACACUCAGUGACGCGUUUGUCCGACCUAGUAUUGUAUUGGAACCUUUUCUGUAUUUUAACGAGAACACAGAACACUAGUUUGAUAUUUAAGAUUUUACGGCCGGCGGGCGGGCGGGGCGGCCACUUUUCUGUUUGUUCCUUUGUUUUUUGUAACUUCCUGUCAUGGCGGGUGUGCUGAGCCUGGGGGCCGCCGCGGGACCCUCGCUGCCCCCAAGGGCUUCGGAGAAACAGGAAAAGCCGGCAGGCAGGCCCGAGUCACCAACCUCUUUUUAAACCAAAGCACAUUAGCCGAGUUCGGAACCUCGCGUGGCUCUCCAGAAGAUGCUAAUACUCUAUUUAUCUCAUUGUUUACAUAAACUGGGACAGUUGCAGACCUCAGCAGACCGAAGGACCAGGCCCGCCGCCCCAGCCCCAGCCCAGCCCAGCUCCGCCCCGAUGGCACCAAAGAGCCUCGGCCGGGCCCGGCCUGGGGAAAGGGGACCCAGGGUGGACCAAGACCCGGCGGGGGAGCUGCUCAGGCACCGGCCCCCCUUCGCCAAAGAGUGGAGCGUGUGUGGGUGGGUCUGGGCGCGCCGGGCCUGGCCCUUCUCCAAGAUGGUGCAGACACUCUUUUCAGUGUUCUUUUUGUAUCAAUCUGUAUGUGCAGUGAUGAAUGUAUUUAUUUCUCAGACUCGGGCACACGGCCGCUAUCCCCUGUGCCCGCCCGGCCAGCUCGAGCUGCAGGCGCAGCUCCUCCCGGAUUGCAAAAAAGACCACAAGAGACGAACUUAAAAACACAAAACUAGCCGAAUCUCAGAGACUUACAGCAUAGCCAUACGCCACAACCAGAGACUGGCCGAGCCCGGCCUCCUGCGGCCGCCCAUCGGCCUCUGCUCCCCGGCUGCAGGAGUGCGGGCCGGGGGAGGGGGUGGCCCAGAGCCCAGUGCCGGGGAGCAGCACGUCCGUCCAUCCAUCGUCACCCACGCACGCACCUGCGCUGGCCCGUGUUAGCAAUAAGGUUCUUGGGCAGGUGUAGCUCUCCGGGAGGCCAAAGAGAGGGCAGUGUAGCCUGGAGAGGGGAGGGGCAGGCAGGGGCUCCCCAGCCUGCUUCAACCUCCGAUCGAGCGAGAACGGGGGCUUCAACAUCUUCCCCGAAUCGUGUGCGCGGGGCAGGAAUUUCUUAGGAGAAAAAUCAGGGCUCCCAACCAUCCCCGGAGCCAAGGGACCCUCGAUCUGACAUUCCAUGGAGGGGAGGGGGAGGAGAGGACCUGGACCCCCUCCAGCCUCUUCCUCACUGGGAAUCCCCCCCAUUCCUUCCUGCCCCCCACUGUUCUUUCGCCAGGAGCCCCCUUCCCCAGCCCCACUAUUUAUUGCUAUAAUUUAUUGACCUCAGAAAUGCUGCAUCAGGACCUUGGGGCAGGGGGAUUCUCCAGGGCUCCCCCCACAGACACACUCGGUGGGGUCCCAGGGGGCCAGGUGCUGAGGGGAACCUCCCAUGUCCGGCCCUGCCUGCUCAGUAUUGGGCCUCAGGCUGGGUACUGACCCAUUUUGCAAAUACCUCGACUGGGGGGUGGGGGGAGGGUUCUAGCUGUUUAUUUAAGUCAAACUGGAAGUGGGAUCUCGACUCCUGGGAGGGAGGGCGGGCGGGCGGGAGGAGAGGGCUCCCAGGACUGCACUCCUGUACCGGCCACGGCCCUCCUCGGCCCACACAGCCCGUCUUUCCCUCCCGGUUCUGGAAUUCAGGUCAGCCACCAGAGCUCGUGGCUCCCAAGCGUUGGAAGCGCGAUUCAGCAACGAUCUCCAUUCAGAAGCGAGCGUGCAGUCUUAAUGUACAGUGAUGACGAGAAACUGUUAUUUUAUGAUCUUUUCAUUAAAAGCUUGGUUGAAAAUGA